GGGCGCUGGCGGCCCUGGUGCUGCUGGGCGUGCGGGACGUGAUGUUCCUCUACGAGGAGAACCGGUGCAGCAUGACCUACAUGUACGAGUACCCCGAGUACCUGAAAAUAAAAUUACCCAAGAAAACAGCCAGACGAUACCCAGCAUAUGAGCUGUAUCUCUAUGGGGAAGGGAACUAUGCUGAAGAAAACAAAAAUCUCCUAUUGACAGGAAUUCCAGUUCUCUUUCUGCCUGGGAAUGCUGGCAGUUACAAACAAGUACGUUCUCUUGGCUCCAUUGCACUUAGGAAAGCGGAAGAUGUUGACUUCAAGUAUCAUUUUAAUUUCUUCAGUGUCAACUUUAAUGAGGAGUUGGUUGCAUUGUAUGGUGGUAGCCUGCAACGACAGACCAAGUUUGUGCAUGAGUGCAUAAAAGUAAUUCUUAAGUUGUACAAGGAUCGAGAAUUUGCACCGAGCAGUGUAACAAUAGUUGGGCAUUCCAUGGGUGGUCUUGUUGCAAGAGCAUUGCUCACUCUGAAGAAUUUUAAGCCUGAACUUAUAAACCUGCUCAUUACACAAGCCACACCUCACGUUGCACCUGUAAUGCCUUUAGACAAAUACCUUACCGAUUUUUAUACAGCUGUAAACAAUCAUUGGAUUCUAAAGGCCCAAGAUUUAAGAAAUUUAACUACCCUUUCUGUGGCGGGAGGAUUCAGAGAUUACCAAGUUCGUUCAGGACUGGCUUUUCUACCAAGAUUGAGUCAACAUGACAGUGCCUUAUCUGUUGUGAGCUCAGCUGUGCCUAGAGCUUGGGCCUCAACUGACCAUCUCUCCAUAGUGUGGUGCAAAGAACUGAUCCUGGCUACCAUUAGAGCUUUUUUUGAUCUCAUAGAUGAAAACACAAGGCAGAUAACUGAAGAUCCAAAGAAGAGAAUGUCUGUACUGAAUCACCACUUUGUGAGACACCCUGCAAAGAUGUUUGAGGAAAAUCCUGAAGCUUUUACACACCUCACAGGAGCUUUCAAUUGGAUUACAGUCAAAGACUCAAAAUGGACUUACUCAGUUUACAAUGAUUCUGAUGGAAAAUAUUUCUCAUUUCCUCUUGCAAGCCACAGAAUAUCAUACAGUCAUGUUUACUGUGAAAAUAGUGUGUUGGACACAAGUAGCUGGAUUUAUGGCUGCAUGAACACUAAUUCAUCAAUGUGCCUGGAAGCUGUUGAUUUAUCCUGGAGAGCUGAGUUACUUCCAACCACCAAGGUUGUAAUGCUGAAACUUCUGGACUAUCCUUCUUUGUCCCACAUUGUCAUUCAGGUACCACCUGCAGUUGGCAAUAAGUAUACUUUGGGCUGUGAAUUCUUCAAAGAGGAUUCCAGAACAGUCCAGCUCCCUGUAACACAUCUUUUUUCAUUUGGGUUUUCUUCAAGCAAAAUUCUAUUAAAUUCAACUGGAUUACUUUACAAUGUACAGCUCCAGCACUUCAACCAAAUAUAUCAAGCUUUCAAAAUUUAUAUAGACAGUCACUGCCAGUCACUCAAAGAAAGAAAACCAAGUGUUUACAGACUUCAUAUCCCCUGGUCAUAUGAAGACUCAAUAACUGUAGCGAAAGUUCCAUCUCUUGCUGAGAUUUCUGCCAAACUGCACAUCGCUCAGCCUCACAGUGACAGCAGCCUUCCAGAGUUAAACAUCUACUCUUCCCCAGACUGUCAGUAUGAAGUAAUUCUGAAGACAUCACUUCUACAGGUUCUUGGGCAAAUAGUAAGGUUCCAUGCUGGUGCUUUUCCAGUCUAUAUUGUUUCUAAUAUUCUUCUUACUUAUGGAGGACAACUGAGCACAUUGAGAUCAACAGGCCAGUGUUCAGACUUCUCCCUCGAACUAGUUAGGGCAGCAAAGCCCUACAAAGUAGAACCUCUUAUAAGCAUUGUUGUGUUUCUGCAGGGGUUUAACUGGUUUAGAGAGAUAUGGGAAUCACUGUCACUACCAGAGGUGGAUGCUGCUGUACUGAGUAGUCAGGAUGCAUGGUUCCCCCUUGUGUCCCUGAUUCUAUUUCUUUUUGGGACAGGCAUUGCCUACUGGAGUGGAGUAUUUUUCUCUACAUCUCUGAGACUCUUCUCUUCAUUAUGGUUAACUCUGAUUAGACCUACUGAACUCCAGAAAGAUAAGUUGAUUACACCCAGCAGACUCUGUGGGAUGAUAUCUCUUGCUUUGGUUAGCUGGACCACUUGUGGUGCAUUUGCUGUACUCAUUAUUUAUCUUCAAUACUUGUUCAAGGUUAUAAAACUGCAUGUAACUGUAAGAGCAGAGCAAAACAUGCACAACAGGGAUUCAGGCCACUCAAAAGAAACUUCACAGAACUCCAGUACACACACAGUCAAAGCCCAGAGUUUAGUGGACAGCAUUCCAGAAGCAACACAGUCUCCUUCCAACAGUAAAACACUUGCUGAAGCUGUUAACAGUCUUAAGAUGCACAUUACAGUCCUUAAUUUAUUCACGUGGAUUGUGCUGCUCAACUUGCCAUCUUUAAUUUAUUGGUUAAAAAAUCUCAGGUACAGUGUUAAACUUGAUCCUGAUCCCUGUAGAUCCACAGCUAUUAUCCUCAUAUGCAUCUUAGAAAUUCUAAUGAAUUCAAGUACUUCUGAAGUGAAAUCAAGUAAACUCUUGAAGAUUGCAGCCAAAGUUCCACUCCCUUUGUCUGUUGCAAUGCUGGCCUUUGGACGAAUGCAUUUAUACAGAGUCCCACACUUUGUAACCUUUUCUCUUCUUCUACAUGUGCUGUGCUGUUUUGUGUAAUGUUCAUUCUAUAUAGGACAAUGCACCCUAGAAACUUAACACUGGAGAUGGGAAAAAUUGCAACACAGAAAUGCCUAAAUUAAUAUGAUCAGUAGUUUACAUUAUGUGGGAAAGAGGACAGAACUGUGAAUACUUUACAAAAAAUUCAUGGUUUUAUUCAUGUUGCUUAGAAAACUUUUCCUGGUGUUUAUUUCAUGUCUCUGAAAAUGGAGUGAUUUAACUGUGUAUAAGCACCUGACUCAUACCAGUGCAACAUCUCAAUACUCUGCCUUGUAGACACUUUGGUAUUUCACUGUACUGCUUUGUGAAAACAGACAUUUUUUAUUCACUGUGCCAUGCUGUGUCUGUGUUCUGAACUUGCAUCUCUUGCAGGUCUAAAGUAUGCUGGUUAAAACUCAAUACAUUUCAAGCACACUGUGACUAUCACAAAAACCACACAGCCAAGUAUACUUUGAAUUACUUUAUGUUAAAUUCAAAAGCUGCCACAUUUGUGUCUAGACAAACUAGAAUGUACUGCUUAUAUAGAACUGUUAUUUCUAUCAAAUCAUUUGUUCAAUCAGUGUGAGUUGAACAUUUGUGAGAUUAUUGCAAGUCUUACACAUUUUACUUUUUGUGAGAGUGAGAAGACAACAGUAUUCUAUGUAGCUUUCUAUUCAGGAAGGAUACCAGCAGAUUCAUAAACAAUUUGCUGUAAUGUUGUUUUAAAACAUUGUCAGUUUUCUCUGGAAUUUUGAAAUUAAUCCUUGGACUUUGUCCAUAUGUAGAAGCUAGCAAACAUUGAGAUAUGGUGUGAGUUAGCAGUGCAGUUGCUGCACUCUUUCUAAGUAGACAAGGCAGGCUUUUUUCCUAUUGUAAACAGAGAAUCAACCAUCUCCUAAUAAAUGCCAAUACAUAAAUGAAUAUGGAAUAGUUACAACCCUGCAAACUCCUAUCCUGCCAUACAGUGCUAACUUCUGCAUGUGGGCAAACUUGGUAAUAGUGGGAAAUACUGACCAUAAUUAUUAGCUCUGUAUAAAUUUUAUCUUAGUGCCUAGAUGCUACAGUGACUGCCAUUUAUAAUAAAGCCUACAAUAGCUAUGUGUAAGGAAUUCUGUCCCCUGGGCGUGUGUUUUGCCAACAGAAGAAAUCUCAGCAGUCCUUAGGUUUAAAUGAUUCUGUGUAGAGAUGAGCUUACUACUUGCUUCUGUGUUAGCUGUCUCUGCUAUGUCUGAGAUACCUGUUACCUUCAUCUAGAAAUACUAGACCAGCUCAAUCAUCUUGUAGGAAUACCAAGAGGAAAUCUGCUGCUCUCAGUCAAUCAAGUAUACUCUUGAUACAGUAGUACAGCCAGCCUGACCCAUUAAUUCCAUCAUAUCUUAAUAAUCUUGCCUGAAGUGCCUCAGUUAUUUCUAAUGUGUUGUUAGGGUCAAUUCCUUUGAGCUGGCUGGAAAGACUCAAUUCACACAGUGACUUUCCAAAAUAAAGGACAAACGUGAAGAAA